UUCCCUUUUAUCUUCAACAUCCUCUGCCUUCACAUAUCUUCCUCCUCUUCUUCCGCCCACACACUUUUGUCAAUCCAACACACGCCACUCCCAUCCAUCCAUUAGCACACAGAAUCUCCUCCAAUGGCUGCGUCCACCCUCUCCUCUGCUUCCCUUUCUCAGCUAUGUUCGAGCAAGAAUGGGGUAUUCGCCCCGUCCCAGGCCCUGAUGGGGAAGCCGGCGAGGACCGCUCUCGUGCUGGGUAAGGCAAGGCGCGGUGCGAAGAUCACGUGCCAGGCCACCAGCAUCCCCGCGGAUGACCGAGUCCCAGACAUGGGCAAGAGGCAGCUCAUGAACCAGCUUUUGUUGGGUGCUCUCUCCCUCCCCACUGCCGGGAUGUUGAUCCCUUACGCCACCUUCUUCGCUCCACCCGGGGCAGGCGGUGGAAGUGGCGGUACCGUGGCCAAGGACGCAAUCGGAAACGACGUUAUUGCUGCUGAGUGGCUCAAGAACCAUGGCCCUGGUGACAGGACCCUCACCCAAGGGCUGAAGGGAGACCCGACCUACCUCGUCGUGGAAAGUGACAGAACCAUUGCUACAUACGGAAUUAAUGCGGUGUGCACUCAUCUCGGGUGUGUGGUACCUUGGAACGCUGCUGAGAACAAGUUCAUCUGCCCUUGCCACGGUUCUCAGUACAACAAUCAGGGCAGAGUCGUCAGAGGACCUGCUCCCCUGUCGUUAGCUUUGGCACAUGCAGAUAUUGACGAUGGGAAGGUCGUGUUUGUCCCGUGGGUCGAGACUGACUUCAGAACAGGCGAGGCUCCAUGGUGGGCUUAGAAGCCAGUGAUCUUCCACCCAAGCUACUUAUUUGCCAUGUCAAAGUACAUCAUCGAUUAAGUCGGAACGAUCCUCUCUGUGAUUUGUAAUAUACACUCAAUCCCAUUCUUUUCGCUUGUCAAACAUAUUAGUAAUAUCAUUUAGGUACUAAAGUUUUGUUGGAUGCACA